AUGGCUGAAACACAACCGGGGAUGGUCCACGAGGACUCCAUCUCCUCGCAGGACCCAAACACCCAGAACGAGACUACGAAGACAAAGAGCAGGAGGCCAGCAAAUACGGCUUUUCGUCAACAGCGAUUAAAGGCAUGGCAACCGAUUCUCACACCGAAGACUGUCCUCCCCUUAUUCUUCGCCAUCGGAAUCAUCUUUGCGCCAAUUGGAGGCGGAUUAUUAUAUGCGAGCGCGCAGGUACAAGAGAUCAUACUGGACUACUCGAAAUGUUUCGUUGAUGCACCGGACUAUCCCUUGACGGGCCCGAUGAAAGAUAAGGACGUGACGCUGAAUUUCAACAAGAACUCCUCGAAUACAAUCAGGUCUGAACCGACAUGGAGCAAGAAACAGGUCAACGUCACAUACGGCCCGGAAGGCGACGAGCAGGUCACUCUCCCAACCACCCGCUGUACCAUCAACUUCACGAUUCCGAAUGAUAUGAAACCCCCGGUUCUGUUCUACUACCGCCUCACCAACUUCUACCAGAACCAUCGCCGAUAUGCCAAGUCCUUCAACACCAACCAAUUGUCUGGAAGUGCUGUCUCCGCAGACAGCAUCGAUGGAGGCGACUGCGAACCGCUCACAGUCGAAGUCAUAGAUGGCGUCAAGAAGCCCUACUACCCCUGCGGUCUUGCCGCGAACUCCGUAUUCAACGACACCUUCUACAACCCAGUGCUUCUGAACGUCCCAGGGAGCUCUACCGACAACGAGACUUACGUCAUGGAAAGUAAGAAGGGCAUCUCAUGGGAGAGUGAUCGCGAGCUUUACGGAGAGAGCAAGUACAACUGGAAGGAUGUUUUGGUGCCCCCGAACUGGGUCGAGAGAUAUCCAAAUGGGUAUUCGGAUACUUAUCACCCUAACUUGAAGGAGGAUGAGACAUUCCAGGUCUGGAUGCGUCUUGCUGGUCUCCCUACAUUCAGCAAGCUUGCCCAGCGCAACGACACUGCGACCAUGAGAACCGGAACUUACACCGUAGACAUUGACCACCACUUCAACGUAACCGAAUACGGCGGCACAAAAUCCAUCAUCAUCUCCACCCGCACCGUCAUGGGCGGCAAGAAUCCCUUCUUAGGCAUCGCAUACGUCGUCGUAGGCGGCAUCUGCAUCGUCCUCGGCACUCUCUUCACCGUCACGCAUCUUAUUAAGCCCCGCAAGCUCGGCGACCACACUUACCUCAGCUGGAACAACGAGCAGCCUGGUGCGUCGGCGGCAGCAGCUAGUGGUCGGGAUGGUGGGUUGGGUAACGGUGAGGGACAUGCUUAG